AUGAUAAGACAAAUUCAAAGAGUGUCGUUUCAACGCUCGUUGUAUCAAACAAAAGAUCUUACUAGUCAUGAUGCAAAAGCGACGCUAUCAUCGACAAUCAGAGAUAAAUGUCAAGACGAUUUGAGUACACAAGGGCACGAUGAACAUACAAUUCAAUCGGUUGAUGUAAGAAAAGUCCCGGAUGAGGUUUUUUGUUUAUCAAUAUUUGUACUGGUUUUUUUGCUUCGACAACUUAAAGAACGUAAUAAAAAGUAUGAAGGGCUGAAUUUAUAUAUUCAAAAUUUGGAUGAUACAAUUGAUGAUGAACGUUUAAAAGAAGAAUUCGGUAAAUUUGGAACAAUUACAAGUGCAAAAGUACGUUAUUUUAUUGCUUAG